AUGGAAGAAGAAGAAGAGGUAAUGCAUUUAUUAUUGUAUGCUGUUUGUUGUUAUUGUUAUUUCAAAAAAGUCUAACUUUUUCCCAAUGGGGUUCAUUUCGUGACAUUUUUGUUUGAUGUGGAAAAAAAAUGCAUGUAAAAAAUAUUGGAAUAUUUUAAGAAAAACAAAUAUUAUUUUCAGGAUGAUAAUAUCUGGAUAGCUGAACGUCGAAGGCUUAUAAAUAAAUCUAGUAAGUCUUUUCCAAAUCUUAAAUUUUCUUAUCUGCUAAAUUCAACAAAACAAGAAAGCUAAACAUAAGAAUCAUAUUUUUUUUUCAAAUAUAAAAACCGUAUAUUUGCCUUUUCUGUUCUGUUUGUUAAACACUUUUCCAUUUUUUUAUAUUCCUUACUUUACUUUGUUUCAUUCUUCAUAAAAAUGCCUUAUCUUCCAUUUAUGAGUAAGUUCUUUUUUUGUUGUUUUCAAGGGAGGGUAAUCGAGUUUUAGUCCGGGGAAAACUCAAAAAAAAAACGAGAAAAAAAAAACAAUUACUUUUCAAAAUGACAAAAAGUUUCUUGUUGUUCUCAUAAUUUAUUUUUUUUUUGUUCCUUCUUUGACCGGACCGGAAAAAAGAUGGCCUAACUCUCUAGAAAGAAAAAUCCAAAAAAUAUUCUGAAUCAAUUGCGAAAUGGAAAAAGAAGAUGAAAACGGUGAGUAAUUGAAUGUAGCACCAAAGCGGAAUUUAUUUUUAAUUACAUUUUGUUGCUAUUCUGUUUUUUCUGGUAAUUUUUUUUGUUUUAUUUGAAAAAUUAUGAAAUAUUCUGCAUAUUUGAGAACCUAUAAUGAUCAUAAUGGUAAUUUUUCAAGUUUUAAAUUUAAAGUUAGGAUAAUUCUGUCGCCCACAAAUCCUAGAGAUUAUCUAAAACACCAGUGAAUAAUCCUUAUUUUCGACAAGGAGGAUAAAAUAUGAUGAUAACAUUUUCCAAAAAAAAAAACAAGGAACUGAAAAUUUCAAUUCUGAUUUUAAUUGUCUGAAAUGGAAAAUUCUGGGGCAAAAAUAUGCAGUAUAUGAACAAAAUAGUAUGGUACCAAUUCAAAAACUGCAAAACGUGUGUACAUAUUUUAAGUUAGCCUAAGUUCCUUGUUCUUCAGUCGGUUUUGUUCAGAACUAUUUUGAAUAAUUUCGUCACCUGUUUUUCAUAAGAUCUCCAACAAUUUCCAAGAAUAAAAAAUUGUAGUUUUCUGCAAGAAGGAAAACGAAUACAGAAUCAGAAAACAAAAUUGAUUUUUCAUCGAAUUCUUUCUGAUUUGUGAAAGUCUUCCACAAAUUUUGACAAUGUUCCAAAAAACAAGGAUUUCAAUUCUGACUUCAUAAGGAAAUCCUAUUUUUUCAGAAAAAAAAUUGAAAAAUAAAAAUGAAAAUGAGAAUGAGAAAAACAAUCCCAAAAUAAUACGAAAUUUCAGAUAUGUCACGAACAGACUCGGAAGCCGAAGGAAAUGGAACAGUAUAUAAAAAUUCGUAUGCUUCCUUGAUAAAUGAUCUACCACCUUCAACAUCGCUGGAUGAAUUCAAACAAUCCGUCUCAAAUUUUGCGGAUUUAAUUCGUCCAAGUGAAACGUGA